AUGUAUGUUCGAAUUGAAGGCACACGCUUAAAUUUUAUAAAGCACAAUCAAAGUAAUUUGCUUGCAGAUAUGUAUUUAAAUGUAGCUGAUUACAUACACCAGCGUGCAGCUGAAAACAAUUUGAGAGUUGGGCGUCAAGUCAUUCUUCCCUCUUCUUUCAUUGGUUCUCCCCGUAAUAUGCAUCAAAACUAUUUAGAUGCAAUGUCCAUUGUUCAAAGGUUUGGCAAACCUUCUCUAUUCUUAACAAUGACAUGCAAUCCACGUUGGCCAGAGAUCAGUGAAAACUUAGCGCCACGGGAAUCCUCUCAUUAUCGACCAGAUAUUGUUGUGCGUGUAUUUCAUUGUAAGUUGAAUGAACUUCUGGCCUGCAUAGUAAAAAAACAAGUGUUUGGUAAAAUUGCUGCUUUGAUAUACACAAUCGAAUUUCAAAAACGUGGUCUGCCACAUGCCCACAUGUUAUUAACUCUUGAUGACCAUGAUAACAUCAGAAGUGUAUCUGAUAUUGACAAAUUUGUUUCUGCUGAAAUUCCAGACAAAAAUACUCAUCCUAAACUUUAUGAAAAAGUUGGGAAUUACAUGACUCAUGGUCCAUGUGGUGUACUUAAUCCUCAUUCUCGGCGAGAUGAUAGUCGAACUGUUAAGGUACGAGGCCACACUGUAGACAACAGAUUUAUUGUUCCUUACAAUCCAUACUUAUUGGCCAAAUUUGUCUGCCACAUUAAUAUCGAAGUUUGUUCAACUGUUCAAAGUAUAAAGUAUAUUUAUAAAUAUGUUUAUAAAGGUUAUGAUUGUGCCACAUUGCAAUUUUCCAAGAAAAGUGAAGGAGUGGCAGUCUAUGAUGAAAUUGACUCCUUUCUCAAUGGAAGGUAUGUGGGAUCAACUGAAGCUGCAUGGCGUAUUUUUGAAUAUGAAAUGCAUUAUCAAUCACAUAGUAUUAUACGACUUGAAUGCCAUUUACCUUUCCAGCAGACAGUGUACUUUCGAGAAGGCAAUGAAGAACAUGUAGCUUCAUCACCAAAAGUUACAAAGCUAGAGGCAUUCUAUACUCUGAGCCAACAAGAUCCUGCUGCUAAUAAUUUGUUGUAUGUUGAGAUUCCACAACAUUAUACCUGGCAAGAUCAACAAAAAAAGUGGAAAACAAGACUGCGUGGAGCUGAUAAAACCAUCACACAUGUAUACGGGAAAGAUGCUAACUGCAUUGAAAGAAAAAUAAGGAAAGCUAAAUGA